AUGAAGCAGAGUGGAAGCAUCCACUGUUGGACCCCUGCGUCCCCCGUCGGAUCCCUGCAUCCACCGUUUCGGACCGUAGCGUCCCUCUGUAGGACCCCAGCGUCCACCCGCCGGAUCGUAGCAUCCACCUGUCGGACUUCGAGAGUCCACCUGCAGGCCGCGAGCGUAUCAUCGCCCUACCGAAACCACCGUCGGAUCACGAGCGUCCACCCAUGGGACCCCAGCGUCCACUGCAGGCCGCGAGCGUAUCAUCGCCGCCUGUCGAAUCAUCCACCGUCGGACCCCGAGAGUCCUCCUGCAGGCCGCGAGCGUAUCAUCGCCCUGCCAAAUCAAGCACCCGUCGGACCCCUGCGUCCACCAGAAGGAUCACAGCAUCCGCCCGUAGGACCCCCAGCGUCCACUACCCGGCCGAAGCGCCAUUCCCCGGACCGUAGCGUCACCAUUGGACCAUCAGCGUCAACCUCCUAGGCCGUAGCGCCAAAGAUUUGGACCCGAGCGUCAUUCCCGUUCCACCAAGCUUCAUCAAUCAAGCCCUCCGUCGUAGCUAAUCAUCGUUCACCAUACGCAUCAGCCAGACCGGAGCAAGCAGAAUUGAAGCAAAUUGAAUCAUCUCCAAGCCACACCACCAGCCAGCAGCGAGCGCAUUAUCGCAGGUAGUUCAGCAUGUGUGUUUCUACCUACAGUGCCCGAUCGAUCGACGACCGCCGCAGCCCGCUCGGCGCAGAAGCAAAUUGGAAAACAGUCGUUUUCGGGCGGGAGUAUGUUUGAUCUCGCACUGUCGCCGGCGUCGUCGUUGGCUGCUUCUAGCAUGCAGAGCGUGUGCAGAAGCAGCCCAUUGAAGAGCCACACCGCUUUGAAACCGCAGCAGCCUGAUUGUGCGUUGGGCUCGAUACACGCAGCAGAGCAGCGCACCGCUGCUAUUCACAUUCAUUUCAAUUGUAUUUAUAUUGUCCGUACUAUCGCUGUCGCCUAUAUAAGCGACAGCGUGUUCUAUGUAGAAUUAGUUGUAAGCAAUAGAACCACCACAGAGCAGGAGCACUGCCUCUCUGUGGUGCGCCAA